AUGUCUGCCAACAGAGAACAGGUUUUCCCUACGCGUAUGACGCUGGGUUUGAUGAAGUUAAAACUCAAGGGAGCCACGCAGGGACACUCGCUGUUGAAAAGGAAGUCUGAGGCGCUCACGAAGCGGUUUCGGGACAUCACGAAGCGGAUCGACGAUGCCAAACAGAAAAUGGGCCGUGUGAUGCAAACUGCAGCUUUUUCGCUCGCAGAGGUCAGCUACGCUACUGGUGAAAACAUCGGAUACCAGGUGCAGGAAAACGUGUCAACAGCCAGGUUCAAGGUGCGUGCACGUCAAGAAAACGUCAGUGGUGUGUACUUGCCCCAGUUCGAGAGCUUUAUCGACCCGGAGAUCAACGACUUCAAACUGACCGGUCUGGGCCGUGGUGGCCAGCAAGUGCAGCGCGCCAAGGAGAUCUACUCCAAGGCCGUGGAGACUCUGGUGGAGCUGGCCUCGUUGCAGACUGCAUUUGUGAUCUUGGACGAGGUCAUCAAAGUCACCAACAGAAGAGUGAACGCCAUUGAGCACGUCAUCAUCCCACGUACUGAAAACACGAUUGCCUACAUCAACAGUGAGCUUGACGAGUUGGAUAGAGAAGAGUUCUACAGGUUGAAGAAGGUGCAAGAAAAGAAGCAGCAGCAAACAGCGGAGCUCGACGCCCAAUUAAAACGGCAAAGAGAAUCUGCCCUACACGACACCGAGAGCACUGCCGAAAAAGAGGUCAACUCCGAAGUUACUGCAGCCGAGAAAGUUAAGUCGGAUUCUACUGAAGCCAAGGAAACUCAAGAUGCGCCAGACGUUCUUGCCGAGCAUGAAGACGACGUGAUAUUCUGA